CAAGACAGCAGCCAAUCACAAGGCGAGGACGGGCUGAACCGUUUACUUGCUCUGAGAGUUGUCAAGGUUUCUGGUUGUGGAGGAUCCGAGAGAGGAGCACGAAGGGCGGCUACGGUUCUACUACAAUAUGCCGAAUAAAACCAAGAAAGACAAGGAGUCCCCGAAGUCUGGUAAAGGUGGCAAGAGUGGAGGACAAGAGAACUCAGAGCAUGAGCAGAGCUCUAACAGGAAGGCGAGCAAUAAUGUUCCUCCCACCACUCAGCUGCUAAAGGGGAAGCAGCCAGGUUCCCAGACACCUGUCAAAAAGGACAAGAGGCAGAGCUCCUCUCGUUUCAGCUUGAGCAACAACAGGGAGCUGCAGAAACUGCCUGCUUUCAAAGAUGUUCCCCCUGCAGAGCAGGAGAAGCUCUUCAUCCAGAAGUUGCGGCAGUGCUGCGUCCUCUUCGAUUUUGUCUCCGACCCACUGAGCGACCUGAAAUGGAAGGAGGUGAAACGGGCGGCGAUAAGCGAGAUGGUGGAGUACAUCACCCACAACAGGAACGUCAUCACCGAACCCAUCUACCCAGAGGUGGUCCACAUGUUUUCUGUGAAUAUGUUCAGGACGUUGCCGCCGUCCUCCAACCCCACGGGUGCCGAGUUUGACCCAGAGGAGGAUGAGCCCACGCUGGAGGCUGCAUGGCCACAUCUACAGCUCGUCUAUGAAUUCCUCCUACGGUUCUUAGAGUCGCCUGACUUUCAACCAAACAUAGCCAAAAAGUAUAUUGACCAGAAGUUUGUAAUGCAGCUCUUAGACCUGUUUGACAGUGAAGACCCCAGGGAAAGAGAUUUUUUAAAGACGACCCUUCAUCGCAUCUACGGCAAGUUCCUGGGCCUGCGAGCGUACAUUAGGAAACACAUUAAUAACAUAUUUUAUAGGUUCAUUUAUGAGACUGAACAUCAUAAUGGAAUAGCAGAAUUACUGGAAAUAUUAGGCAGCAUAAUCAAUGGAUUUGCAUUGCCGUUGAAAGAAGAGCACAAGAUAUUCCUGCUGAAAGUUCUGCUGCCUUUACACAAAGUCAAGUCUCUUAGUGUAUAUCACCCACAGCUGGCUUACUGUGUGGUACAGUUCUUGGAGAAGGAUAGCACCCUCACGGAACCGACGGUAAUGGCUUUGUUAAAGUAUUGGCCAAAGACCCACAGUCCAAAAGAGGUGAUGUUCCUGAAUGAACUGGAGGAGAUCCUGGACGUCAUUGAGCCUUCGGAGUUCGUCAAAGUCAUGGAGCCCCUCUUCAGACAGUUGGCCAAGUGUGUGUCCAGCCCACACUUUCAGGUGGCAGAACGAGCUCUGUACUACUGGAACAAUGAGUACAUUAUGAGCCUGAUCAGCGACAACGCAGCCAAGAUCCUGCCCAUCAUGUUCCCAUCCCUCUACCGCAACUCCAAGACCCACUGGAACAAGACGAUCCACGGGUUGAUCUACAACGCUCUGAAACUCUUCAUGGAGAUGAACCAGAAGCUGUUUGACGACUGCACUCAACAGUUCAGGGCAGAGAAAAGCAAAGAGAAAGCCAAAUGGAAAGAGAGAGAAGAAGCGUGGCUGAAGAUUGAGAAUCUUGCAAAGUCAAACCCACAGUUUCUGGUAUACGUCGACUCUAUAGGCUCAGGUAGUCCGAUGGACAUGGAGACAGACGGGCCGCUGCUAGACGAUGCCAUGCUAAAGAAAGCAGUGGAGGAGGAAGCCACACAGAUCCUAAAAGAUCAGCGUCGAGAGCGCCCAUUGAUGAGGAGGAAAUCCGAACUCCCCAGGGACAUCUGCACUGUCACAGCCUUGGAGUUGCACCGGAGAGCCGAGGAAAUGUUGACGACGCACGACGGCCACUAACAGACCACCCCAGAUCCGCCAUAAACCAGCAGCAGCAGCAUCCACAGAGGAACCACAGGCCCACAGAGGGCCAGCACAACAACAGAUCUCUGGUAUCUCAGUCCAGCCCCAGCACAACACAGAACUGAAAAGUCCCAGCUCCACCUACCUGACGCAGAAAAAUGUGUAAAGCCGCACGUCUAAGCCUUCGGGCUUUUCGGGACAAGCGGCGCUCAGUCCCUACUGACCUCCCUCCUUUUAUCCACCUGGUUGUUUGUCCAGCAGAAACGUCUGUGGUGCUGGACGAUCCAGCCAAGUUCACCCCAAGAGACUGUACUGUCGUUUUCCCCUCCCUCGUCUUUCCCCUCUUCCCCCCUGUCCUCUCAACUUGUAGUGUUUUUUGGGGUGCUGUGCUGCCCCCUCCUGGUCAUUUCUCUCAGGUGUUCUGUUCUGUGUGUGAGCUGUCUUCUCUUCUUGCCUCUUCUUUUAUAGAUGUCAGGUGCUUGUACAAAUAAUAUGAGCCUUGUUUGGUUUUGAUUUUUUUAAAAAGAAAAAAAAGCAUCAGUUGAUGAGAAAAUGUCAGUUGUUUCUAUAUAUUUAAUAUUAGCCAUUAUUCUCAUAACAUUUAAACUAGACAGCGGUUUAUAUUUUAUUUUUUCCUACAUAGUAUAUUAGGAGCUCUUCUCAGAGUAAAACACACUUCCUAUCUGUAUAACUGCUCUGUUUGGAGCUUGCUAUUUUUUUUUUUUUUUUUACAUUAGCUGUGAAGAUUCAUUGACCUGUUCUGUUAAUCAGGACAGGGUCAUGUGGGACUACCAGUAGAAGUGUGUCUGGAUUAAAAAAAGCAAACAGUGCUGGCCCUGACGGAGGUCUAGGUUUCUCAAAUAGCAGAUCUUGUGUAGAAGCGUAGUUCGGUGCCAACUUUUCAUCCAUUUAGUUCCUUUAGGCAAUAAGUUAACACUGGUUGGGUGGCUCAAACAAUGGUCAGAUAGUUUGUUGUUACAUGUUUGGAUCCAUUUGAUUGGUUCUUGGAAUGAGUCCAGCCCUGAGCUCCGGUUACAUGAGAGGGGGGAUUGUGGGAUUUAUUUUUGGUCCCAACCAUGGCAGGAGUGUGUUCAACAUGAUCAUUAGCAUUCAGUACAAGUCGCUGUCAUUCAUGUGAGGCUUACGAGAGGUCAGAGAGAUGUAGUUGCUCGUCUGGGAUUUACACAAUGCUGCUGUGUGUUGAGUCAAACGGGGGGUGGGGUAGGGGGGGGGGGGAGGAUGGGGGCAGAAACUGUGCUGAUAGUGAUCACUUUUUUUCUACUCUUCUCAAGCAAGACCCUUUUAUUUAUAAAAAACACUUGUUAGACCGUUCCAUAGAUGAGGUAUGUUUGGUUUCGAAGAGCAAACAUGAGCCUUUCUUUUCACAGUGCCUUUUUAUAGUCUAAGGGGACAUUUGCUCAACAGAGAAUCGAGUAGCUGCGUGAACUAAAAAAAUGGCAGAAAAAAAAAUGUACCAUUUAGCUUCCAAAAAAAACAACACGAUGCGUUCAAGUCUCCAGCACAUGCCUUGUUGAAGCUACAAAAGUGGAGAGGAGGAGAAGCAGAGUGGUCGCCCCCAAGCCACUUUAGCGAUGAAGCACUUCCUGAUAAAACUUGAAAGAAAAUAGAAACAAAAAACAAACUAGUAGAGAAAUUGAAAAUCCGUGAUGCUGUCUGUCGUGGUGCGUGGGGUCACCUCCCCUUGGUGGGUCGAUAAGAGCUAGCCUCCGCAGGAGAGGAAAUCACCUCCCAUUGUGACUUUUCCAUUCUGUGCCCCCCUCCCACCUCCCGCUGUCCCAUUCCGCUUUUGAGUUGAACCAUUGUUUGACCCCCCCUCUGCCCAGACGUGCACACUGGCUGUAACCCCCUCUUCUUUGAGUAAAACCCUGCUCCCCUGUAGGGCGCGUUAUUUGGACAUCUGUUUGAUCUGCUUCUGGAUGCUCGCAAGUUCUUUUUGUUGUGGUUUUUAAUCCUUCCUUUUGCCUGCAGAACCUCUUGUCAGUGUUUCAACUGAAUGUGCAAAUUGUAAAUAAUACUGCAGUCGCGAUGUUCCGUUCUCUCCACGUUUUGUCUCGAAGAACAACAUUCACCGUUUUACCAAAACCUCAUCCCCCUCUGCCCUGGGUGUUACAGUGAUGAAAGUGAUUCCAUCCCUUCAGUAUUCUUGCAUCCUCUGAUUGUUAGCCGUCAUGCAGGAGCGCCAUCCGACAUGUGACUGUUGUUCUUCUUGAAAAUGGCUUUAAUAUUGGCUUCUUUGGAGCUCUCUUCAUUUUGCAUAAGCUUUGUUCUCCUUUUUUUUUUGAAAAGAAUGAAGUGUCCUUUAGUAUUCGUCUCAUGCUAAACGGCUUCAUCUAAUAUUGUACAUAUAAUGUACUUUUAUUUUAUGUUAUAGCUAUUAUUAAACGGUAGAUUUCAUAUUUUGUACAAAAUACCCCCCCCGUGUACAGAAUACAGAGGUUAUUAGCAACUGCAGACAGUUGGUAUGUGGCACAGACUUCAACACGUGACGAUUUCCAUUUAGAAACCGUUUAGAAUUUGGAUAGUUUUUUAUCUAUUUGUAAUCCGACAUCCUUUUUUUUCCAUUUUUUGUUUUUGUUUUUCAUCUUCAGACAUGUGUUGAGACUCUACAUACAUGAGCUUUUUGUGUGUGCUUUUAUCCAAAUCUCCAGUGGUGUACAUCUAUCUAUAUACAGCAAAUAAAGAGAACAUGUGAGUUUUAUAUUUUCAUCCUAAAAAAAAAA